AUGGCUCGAAGCCAAUUUGUUGUACUCAAUAUGUUGGUUUUAAAUUUCAGCCCAAACACAGAAAACAAAACGAGCGUUUUAUGUUUAACAACUGGAAACAUUCGUUUGGAAACAACUAGUUCAGUAGAAAUUCUUAAUCAUGUUAAAGCAGAAACUAAUUUGCAGCGAUUAAACACUUGA